GCCUUUUCCUGUGCGAGAGGGAGAGAGAGGCACCGAACAAGCCCACAGCGACGCUCACACCCUUCCCCUCUCACCUUCCCCCCUCCGCCACAUACGACCUAAAACGAUGACGCGCUCCCUCUCGGCGCUGCUGGUGUCCCACCUCGGCCUGCUCUCCUUCUCCCUCGCCCAGAUCCACCCGCCCCCCAUUUCCAAGCAAGACCACGCACAUUUCAAGCAGGACCACGCACACUUCACCAAGACGGGCGGACCCCUCAGCAAACCCAGCAGACCCGCAACAGCGCCGCUGCAUAGCCAUGCCCGUCCCACUGGCGGCGGUGGCAAGGGUUCCAUCGUGACUCCCUCCAAGACCAAGACAGGCAGCCCGCUCAGCCGCGGCCCGCCCCCCGGCGGCCACGGUGCCCCUCUCGAUGCGGCAGCCUCACAUGCCGGUGUCAGUGCGGCGGCCGGCCGCGUGGCUGAGCGGCCUCAUGCAACCGCAUCAGGGCUCGUUUCCGGCUGGACCGACAUGGUGCCCGGCACGUCCGCUCGAGGGCCGUAUCGCGGUGGCGAUGCCGGCAACGCCCCUGCGGCGUUGGCUGCAGCCGCCGCCAGCAGAGGAGGUCGAUCUCCCCUGCCCGCUCGGGGCAACUCCACCGAAGGCCUGCCGACGGGCUGGACGGAGCCUGCCCCGGGGGAUGACGGCCCGCCCGAGAUGACCGACGCAGUGAUCUUCCGGGGCAAUUCGCCGCGGAGCCAGGGUGCGCCGGCGUGUGCCUUGGUUGACUCGCAUGACGUGAUGGAGGUGCCUGUGGGCGGGCUGGUGCAUUUCAACCUGACGGUCAAGUGCCCGGGGGUAUCGGCGCCCCUGAACGACACUUUCGAAGGGGUGCGGGCGGAGGUGCUCGAGUGGGACGGGCUGCUCCACGAUGAGUGGGAGAUCGGCAUGGGACGCGACAACGAGACUCCCGUAUUGCUCAAGGAACUCGGUAUGACUGCGCGCGCGUGUCCGGCAGCAUGUGUGUGCCGAUGUGUCCAUGUGUCCAUGUGUGUGGGGUGUGGGGUGCAGUUGAGGAGUCGAUGCCGCCGAUGCUGGAGUUCUACAACCUCCACUGGAGCCCGUCGCGGCACAAGAGCGGCAUGUUCCAGGUCACCGGCAAGAUAGAGGGGUACGACCGAAUCAACGUCUACCACCCUCCCACCAAACGCACCUACUGGGUCCCAGGUAGGUACCUACAGCUGUCAUCCUCAUCCCCACACCCUUCUACCGUGCCACACCCAUCAUCUGCCAUCCCCCUGUCCUGUAUGUCAGCUGCUGGUCGGUUCACCGUCUCGCUGUCCUACGACCUGUUGGCCAUCAGUGUGACCGUUGCAGUGCUGCCCUCCCAGCCGACAGUCAACCUGACAGGGUGGCACGGCUGGGGCUACAACUACAGCAAAGCCCUGGAGCCCGCCAUCGACCAGGGCAUGUACCGCCUCGAGACACACGACGACGACGAGGACCUGCAGGAGAUCCGUGUGGGUGACCUCUUCACCAGGGAGCUGCGGAUCGUGCGCAAGGGUAACGACAGCAGUAAGGAAGACUGGGUGGAGACCGAGGAGAACCCGCUGGUGGACAUCAUCCCCAGGGCCAUCUGGGUGGCCAACGCCGUGACGGCGGGGCACUUCAGCAACAGGACCCUCAACAGGUACGCAACGCAAGAGGGUGUGUGGGUGUGUGCGUGUCCUGUCGUGUGGAUGAUGUGUGUGUGACAUCUGUGUGUCAGGUUCAAUUGGCUGCACGACCCGUUCAUCGGUCCGAAGAUGGGCUUCCUGGUGGAGGAGAAGCGCAGCGAGAAGCGCGUGGCGGGGGGGCUGCUCAUCGGGCGGCGCUUCCAGUGGCGGCCCACACCGGACGAAGCGGGCUCACAGGUGCGCCAUGGGCGUCGUGUCUUCUACACAGACAGUAUCUAUGUGUGACUCCUUAUUCAAAUUUGGUGGGUGCAGAUGGCGAUCUGCUUUGUGGUCCACGACCCCUACAAUCUGUAUGCCCCCGGCACAACCAUGUUCUACGAGAGCAACCCCCUCCCAGACGACACCGCCACGCUCCCGCCCUCACUCCUCCCGCCCACAUCGCCUUUCACACUGUAAAACAGCGCGCAAACAAACCACACACAUAGACGAGACGACAGAGAGAGACACAGCUUGCUAAUGCUUCCGCUCCUCUGUCUGUCUGUCUGUCUGUCUGUCUGUCAGCCGUUCGCGCGCCCCCGAGUAUGCGCAGUGCGUCAACGUGCGCGUCAAGCACCCCGAGCAGUUCCAGGCCUUCCUCAGCCAACGCAGCAAAGGCAACGAGGCCUAGCAGCAGCA